GCAGAAACAAAAUCCAUGGCCUCUGUGACCAUACCGCCGGUGCUAACCACCCCCAGGGACGACGCAAUCAGCCUCCACCGCGCCUUCAAAGGGUUGGGCUGCGACACAUCCGCCGUCAUCAACAUCCUCGCCCACCGCGACGCCACCCAGCGAGCCUACCUCAAACAGGAGUACAAAACCAUGUCACGAGACCUCGCCAAGCGCCUCUCCUCCGAGCUCAGCGGCAACACUAAGAAGUCCGUCCUCCUCUGGAUGCACGACCCCCCAACCCGCGACGCCACCAUCAUCCGCCAGGCUCUGGCCGGAGGCGGCAUCGUGGAUCUCAGAGCCGCCACCGAAGUCAUCUGCUCCAGAACCCCAUCUCAGAUCCUCCACUUCAAGAACAUCUACUUCUCCGCCUUCGGGGUUUACCUCGAGCAAGACAUCGAGCUUCACACCUCCGGGGACCACAAAAAGCUCCUCCUCGCUUAUGUGGCGACGCCGCGGUACGAGGGUUUGGAGGUCGACAGGGCGGCGGCGGAGCAUGACGCUAAAGCUCUCUUCCGCGCCGGGGAGAAGAGACUGGGAACUGAUGAGAAGGUGUUUGUGCAGAUAUUCAGCGGGCGGAGCAGCGCCCACUUGGCCACCGUGAGCGCCGCCUACCACAACAUGUACGGUAGCUCGCUGAAGAAGGCGGUGAAGAAGGAGACAUCUGGGUACUUUGAGCACGCACUUCUGACUAUCUUGCAGUGCGCGGAGCAUCCCGGGAGGUACUUUGCGAAGGUUUUGCACCGGGCGAUGAAGGGUCUGGGGACAGACGACAGUACUCUCCUGAGGGUGAUCGUUUCGAGGGCCGAAAUCGAUAUGCAGUUUAUAAAGGCGGAGUAUUUGAAGAAGUACGGGAAGACGUUGAAUGAUGCGGUUCAUUCGGAGACUUCUGGGCAUUACAGGGCGUUUCUUCUGGCGCUUUUAGGCCCCAAUCAUUAGGUCAAAUAAUAAGAUUUGGUGUGUAGGUUUUUUUAUUUUUUAUUUUCUGGGUAGGAUGGUAAGGUUUGAUGAACUCUGUGGUUGUUAAUUGCUUAUCUUUUAGGUAUUUUUCAGAAGCUAGAAUUUGGUUAGCAUGAUCUAGAAGUUCUAUUGCAUAAGCACUUAAGAAAAAAGUUAUUCCUUUGUUUUAAAUGCUUACUGCUUCUUGGCUGAAGAUUGUAUGUUGCUUUUGUAUAGGUUUGAUUUGUGAAUUGAUAUGUACGAAAGUAUUAUGUGCAAAAUUGACACCAA